AGAAAUGUGGAAUGACAAGAAGGACAGAAAAGGAAACUACUCGGCUAUGUUAGAUUUUUAAAAUAAUAUUUUACAGGAAUCAUAGCGCUCCAUUAAAAAUACUAAUAAUUCUUAUCACUUCAUGUUCAUUUAUCGAUUAUAUUAUUUUAUUAUGCGAGAGUCAUGUUCGGGAGGCACACUAUGCGGUUGCCACGAUAGGAAUACGCUAUAAUAUUAACAAUAAACUAGGGACAGUCGUUAGUAAAGGUGAUCGUUGAUAAACAAAAAAAGGCGAGAAGGAACAGAACAGCGAACUAUGCAGCGAGGAUGAUUUCUGCAAGGAAAACUCCGGAAAAGAGUCGCUACCCUCUUCACUACCUGGUCUGGCACAACAAGCACCGUCAGCUGGAGAGAGAGCUUUCAGCUACAGAACAGGUAGAUCUGGAGACCCUGGAUCCUCGAGGACGCACCCCGCUGCACCUGGCUGUCACGCUGGGACACCUGGAGUGCGCUCGGCUGCUGCUGCAGCACGGGGCGGAUGUCAGCAGGGAGAACAGGAAUGGAUGGACUGUUCUCCAGGAGGCCGUCAGCACGCGAAACCCAGAGUUAGUGCGCUUGGUCCUACGUUUCCGUGACUACCAACGCACCAUGAAAAGAUUGGCUGAGAUCCCCCUCCUGCUGGACAGACUGCGCCAGGCUCAGGAUUUUUAUGUGGAGAUGAAAUGGGAGUUUACAAGCUGGGUGCCCCUGGUGUCCCGGAUCUGCCCCAGUGAUACCUACCGUGUGUGGAAGAGUGGGCAGUGUCUGCGUGUCGACACCACGCUGAUGGGCUUUGAUCACAUGACGUGGCAGAGGGGAAACCGCAGCUUCAUCUUCCGGGGCCAAGACUCCAGCGCCGUGGUGAUGGAAGUGGACCACGACAGGCAGCUGGUGUUCUGCGAGACGCUGUGCAUGUCCUCGUUAUCGUCCUCGGCGCUGCUGCCCUCCUCUCAGCGGGGCCCCGCCGCUCUGGGCCUCCUGGGCUCGCUGCAGCCGAGCGAGGAGCAAGUCGCCGCCCGUCUCUCCGCCCCUGUUGUCACAACGCAGCUCGACACGAGGAACAUCUCCUUCGAGAGGAAUAAGACAGGUAUCCUGGGCUGGCGCAGUGAGAAGACUGAGAUGGUGAAUGGGUAUGAAGCCAAGGUGUAUGGUGCCUCUAAUGUCGAGCUGAUUACUCGAACUCGGACUGACCAUCUUACUGAACAGCACAAAGCCAAGCCCAAAGGCAGUAAGACGCCCCUGCAGUCCUUCUUGGGAAUUGCGGAGCAGCACAUGGGCUCAAACAACGGGACCCUGGUGACUCAAAUGUCCUGCCCCCUCACCAAUCCCACCUCCCUAACAGCCGAGGAGUACUUCAACCCCAACAUGUCCCUCAGUCCCCGAGACAUUGGGUACCCCUGCCAGCUCACCACCAAGACGCAGAGGUUCAAGGCGAAGCUGUGGCUGUGUGAAUCCCACCCCCUGUCACUGGCGGAGCAGGUGGCGCCCAUCAUCGACCUGAUGGCCAUCUCUAAUGCACUCUUCGCUAAGCUGAGGGACUUCAUCAACCUGCGACUACCUCCUGGCUUCCCUGUCAAGAUUGAGAUCCCCAUUUACCAUAUCCUGAAUGCACGCAUCACCUUUGGGAACCUGAAUGGCUGUGAGGAUGGUGGGGGGACGGGAACAGUAGACUCUGAGGGGGCUGGGCAGAGGGACAGUCCCAGGACAGACACCCCCUCACCCAGCAGCGACUCUUCCAGUGUCUCCAGCUCCAGCUCCACUACCUCGUGCCGUGGAGGAGAGAUCCCCUCGUGCGUGUUUGAAGCCCCGCAGGGUUACAGCGUACUGGGCGGCAACCACGGGGACAACAUGCGCGAGGAGGAGGACGACCUGCUGCAGUUUGCCAUCCAGCAGAGCCUGCUGGAGGCUGGGUCUGAGUACGACCAGGUGACCAUCUGGGAGGCUCUGACAAACAGCAAACCUGGCACACACCCCCUGCCCUGUGACUCCAGUUGCCUCAAAAGGACCCCACAGCAUAAACCCUGCCCCACUGCCAGCCCCCAAGGCCCGGCAGCCAAAAAGGCCCCGAGCAGCUAUGACGAGCAGCUGCGUCUGGCCAUGGAGCUGUCGGCGCGGGAGCAGGAGGAGGCGCAGUUCAAGCAGAGGCAGGAGGAGGAGGAGCUACAGCGCAUCAUCCAGCUGUCGCUCAUGGAGAAGUGAAGCCCUGCCCACCGAGCGGGGGAUGGGA